CUUGUAUAAUAUCUGUAGAACUUGUAAAGCUACAUAUACCAAACUUUGCACAUAGGUAUUAAUAGUUAAGAGGAAUACUCACAAAAAUAAUUGUGUGGUUUGCUUUAAUAUUAACAAAAUAGCACCUUUUGAAAAUGUUUAAAGUAAAUAACAGUAUAGUUAUAAAAAAUGUACAAGAUACCUACUAUUUUUCAAAUUUUAUUACAAUUCCAGUAGUACUUGAUUCAAUGAAAUAUGUCAACGCAUAAGUGAAUAUAACCUCUUUAAAGAUAUGCUUGCUCAAGCUGGGAACAACAAACAUGUAAAAAUAUCUGAUGCCUCUUAACUGACAAUAAUAAUGGUUGCUGUAAUAUUUAAGUGGCUGGUUAUUUUCUAAAGAGGACGGGAAAUAAUCAAACUAUAAUAAAGUAAUGGGAAAUAUUUAAUGAAGGUAAUUAUUUUACAAGUUGAACAUGAAAUUACUGAAAUAUUGCAAUAUUUUAUGUAUUUUAUAUCACUGGUUGGAAAGGGUUUAAGAAGAUAUACAUAAUGAGUUAAUCCUCAAGAUUAAUCAAGAAUAAAAUAGUCCAAGCCUAACCUAUUAUAUAUAAUAUAGUAAACGACUGAGGAAAAAAGGAUUGGACCAUAUACCAAAUAAUGGAAAUCCUGAGACUAAAUUUAAUGUCCUAUUUUUUUUUUUAUUUCCAUUUUCCACUCUAGACAGUUAAAUUAAAUGAUGACAGCAAGACCAAUUCAAAUAUUUAAUCAUGAGAUUGUGAAAUAGUUCUUAGUAGUGAUAAUAAGGAAAAACCUAACAAAUGCCCAAAUGCUACAAAAAGUUGUUAUGAUCUGUACUGUGUAGAAGCAUUAUCACAUUAUCAUAAACAGUACUUAAACUUUAGUUUUCAUCAGAUACCAGUCUUGAAGUAGAAUUAUCUACUGCUACCAUUUUUGUAACAAGAUAACAUAAAAAGGCUUAACAUUGUAAAAUACUUGACUUGGACUACGUGCAAAGCGGUAACCACUCACAUUAACUUAAUACCAGUUGUAAGCUGGUGAGGUGGAAAGAUUGGUCCUGAUAACACCUUGUUACUUGCAUAAAAACUUACUUACACCUUCACAACUGCAAAAGGUUUAACUAUUACAACAUGUUUCAGUCUCAGAAUUCAUCAAAGUUAAAUGGUGACGUUGAGAUGGCUCGUAGACAUAGCUAUGCCUGCUAUAACAUCCUAUUCUGGCUGACACAAGGAGUUGGAUUAUUGGCUAUCAUACUUCUCUGCAUCUGGGUGUUUGGAUUCCGGAAUGGCCUUGCAUGGAACUCUCAACCCAAGGUCCAGUUUAACUGGCAUGCUCUUUGUAUGCCCAUUGGACUAAUAUAUCUAUGUGCACUUGAGCUGAUGACGUUUAGAAUUUUUAGGUAUGGUAAGAAGAAGGAUUUGAAACUAUUACAUGCAGGAUACAUCAUACUCAUAGUGAUUUUGAUAGUCAUAGGCUACUGGGCUAUCCUUGACUGUCACAAUUACCAGGGCAAACCCAACUGGUAUUCUCUACACAGCUGGAUGGGUGUCCUGACAACAGCUCUGUACUUUACACAGGGAAUCUUAGGUUGUGCUUCAUUCCUUUGGCCUGGAGUCCAGGUGGAGUACCGGGUCAAGUACAAACCUCUUCAUGUGUUCAUGGGCCUAACUACAUUUAUCAUGGCUACCACCACUGCUCUGCUCGGGCUGUUUGAAGAAAUCAAAAAUAUUGAGGGAUACAACCAAUUCAGUGGUGAAGGAAUAAUGAUGAACUUGUGUGGAAUAUCUUUUGCGAUAUUCGCAGUCCUGGUUGUCUACAUACAGACUCGCCCUAAUUACAGAAGAGAGCCUCUUGUAUCUGAUUAAAAUACUAUGCUUGAAGAAAAUAAUUUAUUACGUAAAUAUUUACAGCAUUGUACAAAAAUAAAUAAUAAAAACAGUUUUUAUACAGUAGAUAUAAGUAUAAUGUAUGCCCUAUGCAGGAUAUUAAAUAAUGCCCAGGUUGCCUAAUUGUUUGAUGGUUUUGUAAAAGUAGUUUUCUAUACAAAGAUAGCAUAAAGUGCCUCUUUUUAUGUAAUUGAUUACACAUAUUCUCACAAUAUACCGUUGCGGCUCAGUGGAAACUAAUAAAUAGCAACUGAAAACAAACACAACCAACAAUGUAAAGUAGCUAGAAAAACUUCAACUUUCAAAGUCCAUGCUUCAUGCAAUAUAAUAUCAACAAGGCAAAUUUAACAACACACACAAUUAAUGUUAAGAAAAUAAUAAAAAUGAAUAUAUUAAAGACAUGUAUUGUUCAGAUGUUUAGCUAAUUAUAAAAACUAAGAACAAUUUACAAUAUGUAGAUCAAAUAAUAAUAUUGUAAAAAUGUUUAAAAAAAACUAUUGUAUAUUUUGACAUUGUGCUCAUUUUAUGCAACAAAGAUUUUUCUAACAGUACCUAGUGACAGUUGCACUUUUGUAUAAUAUAAAUAAAAUCUGUUAUACCCGUA